AGCCUUCCCCCCCCACCCCGAUGCCCCCUCUAGUCUGAGAUAGGAAAAAAAGAAUAGACAAAAAAGGGAAAAGACAUUAAUAGCAUCCUUUCUUGUUUCUUCUCCCCGUCUAUUUCGAGGGUAGUUUGACCCACCAACCCACCAAUAGACGUAAGUGAUGGGUCUUUUAGCACUCGGAACACCUCUCCCAUGGGAUGAAGCAAAGAAGCAUGCAGACCAGGUUCGGGACCUGGGGAUCAAGCAACUCCUCCAGAUAUGGAACAAAUAUAGGAAGAAUGAGAGGGACGUUCUCCUUUGGGGUGAUGAGAUCGAAUAUCUCGUUCUUGCUUAUGAUGAAGAAAACAAGAACGCCUGCCUUUCCCUCAGACAAGCCGAGAUUCUCGCGGAAUUGGCGAAAAACGAGAGCCUGCGGAAGGCAGGUGGAAAUGUGCCCGAUUCUAAGGAACCAGCAUAUACUUCCGAGCCGCUCCCUACUUUCCACCCCGAAUUCGGGCGAUUCAUGUUGGAAGCCACGCCGGGGGCCCCAUUCGGUUUGACGUGGAAAGAUUUGUUGGCUGUUGAGGGGAAUAUGAAGCUCAGGAGAACUAUAGCUAAGGAGCACAUGGCCGAAAACGAGGCCCCCAUAACGCUACCCUCUUUCCCCAUGCUGGGAACCAAAGGGGUCUUCACACAACCGUACUACCCACCCACUGGGUCUCAGUCUAGGAGUCAAUUUAUUCCUGAUGAGGCAAUUAAUCCUCAUAUUCGCUUCCCCACGCUUGCGGCGAACAUCACGUCUAGACGUGGGAUGAAAGUAGCCAUUAAUAUGCCUGUUUUCUGUGAUGAAAAUACUCCCUGUCCCUUCAAUGACCCAACUAUAGACUACGAUAGACAUCUCUACCCUGAGGACGAUGAUGUUAGAAACGGGGCUGCAAAAGAGGGGCAUAUUUACAUGGACGCUAUGGGUUUCGGGAUGGGAUGUUGUUGUUUACAAAUCACGUUCCAGGCCAAAAAUAUCACUGAGGCCAGGCAGCUAUAUGACCAAUUGUGCCCUCUGGGACCAGUAAUGCUGGCUUUGACUGCUGCGUCUCCGAUAUUCAAGGGGUUUCUGGCCGAUGUCGACGUACGCUGGAAUGUGAUCUCUGGGGCAGUUGACGAUCGUACCGAGGAAGAGAAAGGGUUGAAGCCCCAGAAGGAUAACCGCUACGUGAUACCAAAAUCACGAUAUGAUUCUGUCUCGACUUAUAUUUCACAGGACCCUGCUCUACGUUCGGAAUACAACGAUCUAGAUCUGGUGAUUGAUAAAGAUAUCAGGCAGAGGCUUGUGGAUAAUGGCGUGGAUGAACGUCUUGCAACUCACUUUGCUCAUCUGUUUAUUCGGGAUCCUUUAGUUAUCUUUCAAGAAACGCUGAGUGAGUCACCGGACGACAAAGCGGAUCAUUUCGAGAACAUCCAAUCCACAAACUGGCAGCAUAUGCGCUUCAAGCCCCCGCCGCCUGGUGGGAACAUUGGCUGGCGGGUAGAGUUCCGGAGCAUGGAAAUUCAAGUGACUGACCACGAGAAUGCUGCCUUUGCGAUAUUCAUUGUGCUGCUCACUCGUGCGAUUCUGUCCUAUGGAUUGAAUUUCUAUAUUCCGAUAUCGAAGGUUGACGAGAACAUGGCGACAGCGCAUCACCGAGAUGCGGUCUUGACGAAGAAGUUCUGGUUCCGCAAGAAUCUGUUCCCACCACGCAAGCCAGCCAGUAAUGGCUCCCAGACACCUGCUCCAUCAUGCCCAGGGACACCACCACCCGUGGAGGACGAGUAUACGCUGAUGACUGUCGACGAGAUCAUGAAUGGACGACAGGAUGAGUUUGUUGGUCUGAUUCCGCUGAUAGAGAGUUACUUGAACACGGUCAACGUUGAUGUCGUUACCCGGUGCGAAUUGGCUGGAUAUCUGAGUUUGGUCUCAAAACGGGCAAGUGGAGAGCUGCAGACCGGCGCAACUUGGAUAAGGGAUUUCGUGCGCAAUCACCCGGAUUACAAGAAGGACAGCGCCGUAAGCCAGAGCAUCAACUAUGACUUGAUAAAAGCCGUGGAAGCUUUGGGGAGCGGGCAGGGGCGUGAAGCAGGAUUAGGCGAUCGGCUGUUGGGCAGGUUCGGUUAAUCUGCGCGGUUGUGAACUGUGAAGCCUAUCUGUCCAAGUACCAUACUUGCUGCCCUCAGGAGACCCUGAGAGCUCCGCCUUGCUUCUCGCUUUCUUCCUUUCUCCCCUCAUAUUUCGCACGAACUUUCGUUGCCUUGUUGUGGAAUAGAUUUUUACACUGCCACCCUGGGGGUUUUUCUUUCCCAUCAUUCUUUCCUUACCCCAUACUGUUACAAACCCUAUAGAAAGUUCCGUGGCUUCCCAGGAAGACGGAGUGAGCGCUUGCUAUAUCCUAAUUCAUUCGUUCAUUCGUUCAUUCGUUCAUUCGUUCAUAUAUACAAGUACCGUUCUGUAUCAUACCCUGAUUUUUUUUAAAAGAAAAUCAGGCAAGGGUAAAAUGGAAAUAGGUGCGGUAUCAUCCCGACUUAGCAUAUCAUAUCUACUUGUGGCAAAACCUCAAACAAACUUAAAAAUAUCACCCACC